UCUCUCUUUCUGUCUCCCUCUCAGCUCAUACAAUCAGAUUUAAAAAGAAACACACGCGAAAAUGUUACGCUACCUCAGACGUCUUUUUCUUCGACAUCUUGUCAAUUACAAACUGCUCCUGCUCUGUAGUCUGGUUGUCGUUGGUUUCUUCUAUUUUCUCAAUUCUGACAGCGUCCACGGAAAACAUCAAGUUUGGGACAUCAUCAAUACCACAGCAAAACUUAAAAACAUUCUAUCAACCAACAAGUGUAUCGUCUCCUGUCCACGGAACCAGUUUUCCUUCUAUAUCAAAUCAGGCGAAGGAAUUAAAUCGUUUCCAAUCAUAUGUUUCAACAACAAAGAGUAUGUCAGUGCCAAACUGAAGAAUGCUCACCGUGGCCUCAACGGACUCUUUAUAAAUGGCAAAACGAAAGCUGUAAUAGGGACCCGAUAUUUUGAUACUUAUAAUGAAGAUUAUUCCUUAAUCCGUUACCUGAAACGAACCUUACCAGAUGAGACAGUUGUAAUAUUCGCCAGCCAUGAUGAAAUGACAAGCAAUUUACGACAAGACUGUCGGAAUUGGCUGAGGAAAUAUGGCUCCAACUUAAUAGACAAGGCAAAUUUUCGUGAUAACUUCAUUAUGAUAGGACAACGUGGUUUGAAGUCAGGAAAUGCUAUAGAAUUUUUGAAGAGUAACAAGAGGAAUUUUGCUGGUGCCAUUGAGAAAAGUGGAUGCUUUGAUAUGCCCAUGGGUCCCAUCCAACCAGUCCCCUCGGUUGUGACAGAAAUACUAACAGGAGGAAAAAUUUUACAUGGAGAGAGUAUAGCAAACUGUGGCAUGGAAAAUGUUUGCCCAGACGACUCUUUUUCAGUCCAUCUUUACACUGGGAAGGAGAACCUGGACUAUCCCAAAAUAUGUGCCGAUGAAAGAUUAUUAAUGGCGAAGGGGCUUAAUCAUGCUGGUCGUGGAAUGAACAUUGUAGUGUAUGAUCCCCAGGCCAGGAAAGUGAAGUAUGUGGCCAACUUUGAUACUUACAAAGAAGAUAGUACAGAUUUCGAAAUAUUUCUCGAAGAAUUACCAACUUCUUUUAUUAUCAUGGUUGUUGUCUGGGAUGAUGCUGCCAUCAAGCUCGGUCAAAAUGCUAGACAGCUUUUGAAUGAUUAUGGUAGUAGUAUGAUCCAAAAUCUCAAAUUUCGAGAUGUUUGGUAUUUCAUCGGACAGAAGAAAAUCGAAGGCUUCUCAACAUUCGAACAGAUUAGUUACGCCAAGCCUGACAGUGGAUGGCCAAGCAGUCUACAGUUGUUUGCUUGUGUUCCAUUUAAAAUGCAAGGAACAAAAGUAAGACCUGAUCCAAUGGCCUACAGAAAUGACCAGAGGCGAGAAUUUUGUGCCAAAUAUGAAGGAUAUGUGGACUUCUGUGACAUUGGCCAUAUUGAUGACAUUAUCAAGCCUGUAUCACUUGUCUAUAGCAACUUCAAGGGACAUAAGAUAUUCUCAACCCCAAUUGUUAUUAUACCAGGUAUUAACCAUAAUGCUGUGGUGAACACAUUCCAAACCAUUAUCAUGCAGUGUGGUUUGAACCCCAAGAUGGUUUUGGUUUGCUGGGAUGAGAAAUUCCAGGAAUAUUCUGAACUGGCUGAACUCUUUGGUUUCCAGAAUCGGUCCCUGACUAGCAGCACUAAAUAUACAGAUGUUAUGAUGAAAGCCAUUGAUAUGGCCUGGAAUGUAUUCCCAGACAGCAGGAACUCUACCAACCGUGUUGUUCGACUGGAGCGUGUUGUCCGACUGGCACGUGAUGUCCGACUGGAGUGCAACUGGAGUCCGACUGGAGAGGAGCGUGAGUGCUUAACGACAUUCCAGAUGGCAAGUGCUCACUCGCGGUCUUUGCAUGACAGCACAGCAGCUCCGUCCGGUGGACGGGCUGGGAAAGAAAUGCGUCCGACACAUACAGUAUCACAUCUAUUUACCGGCAACGAACGUCAUAUGCCCAGUCCUGUUCCUCAGCGGAUUUCUACUGCAGAUGAAGCACCUCAUCAGUGGGACAUGUCCCUCCAGCAAAGAGUAGAAGAGCAGACGCUCCAGUUCAGAAAAGAGGACAGGAGAACAGACCGGGCUCACUAUACUCAAUUGUUGGGAUUAGGUGACCAUUCCACAUAA